AUGAUGCCCGGAUGUAUGAUAUCUAAAUUCGCGGCUCUUACGAAAUUCUGGACAUUUUGCGUCAUCACUCAAGUGUUUCGGAAUUCACUUCAUUUUCACUUACUUUUAGGACCCACUAAUGAUCGGCAAAAGGCUGUUGUGGACGCCUUCAAACACGCUUGGGAAGGAUAUCGAAAAUAUGCUUGGGGUCACGAUCAGUUGAAACCGAUCAGUGGUGGCUACUCUGAUUGGUUCGAUACAGGUCUGACUAUUGUGGACGCACUUGAUACAGCUAUUAUAAUGGGCCUCGAAGAAGUGGCGCAAGGAACCGAAUGGAUACGAGAUUCUCUAACAUUUGAAAAAGAUCGCUAUGUUAAUCUUUUCGAAACAACGAUUCGCACCCUAGGCGGUCUCCUGAGCGCAUACCAUCUUACCGGUGACAGGAUGUUCGUCACAAAAGCAGAGGAUCUUGCCGGACGUUUGAUGAGUGCUUUUACCAAGUCAAAAUCAGCUAUUCCAUUAAGUGAUGUGAACCUGAAGACAAGCAAAGCGAAGUCACCAGCAUGGAGUAGUGAGUCAUCAUUAUCUGAGGUAACAUCGCUACAGCUCGAGUUUCGAGAUCUUUCCCGAGUAACCGGAAGGAAAGUUUACGAGGAAAUCUCGUUCAAAACCUCGAAGCAUAUUCACGAUAUCGGCUGUAAGGACCAUGAUGGCCUAUGCGAUAUGUAUUUGAACACAAACACUGGGCGGUUCCGAACCGGAACCACAAUCACGUUCGGGGCCCGGGCUGACAGCUACUACGAAUACCUUUUUAAGCAGUGGUUACAAACCGGGAAGACCAUUGAUUGGUUGUUAGAUGACUACAAAACGGCAAUGGAAUCUAUGGAAUCGAAAUUGUACAGGUAUUCGGAACCAAAUAAAUUAGGCUUCGUUGGCGAAUUGCAAGGAAACGUUUUUUCUCCAAAAAUGGACCACUUGGUGUGCUUUCUCAGUGGAACAUUAGCUCUAGGCAGUCAGAAUGGUUUGCCCGCUGAACACAUGAAGUUGGCAAAGGUAACAUGCAAAGCAAUGUACAAAACUCCGACUGGACUUGGGCCAGAAAUCGCUUACUUCAAUAUGAUGCCCGGUAUUAAAGAAGAUCUCAGCAUUAAGCCUCUUGAUGCGCACUCAUUGUUGAGACCAGAAGCGGUUGAAGCUUGGUUCUACCUUUACCGGCUAACAGGAGACAAGACGUACCAGGAGUGGGGCUGGGAAGCUUUCAAUGCGAUUGAGAAGUAUGCAAAAGUAAAAGGCGGCUAUUCAUCGGUGAAAAACGUAAAAAGGAUACCAUGUGUUUUCAGUGACCUCAUGGAAUCGUUCUUCUUAGCAGAAACGCUCAAAUAUCUCUACCUUUUAUUUGCCGAUGAUCAGACAAACCUAUUUCCAUUAGACGAGUGGGUAUUUAACACUGAAGCGCAUCCACUUCCGAUCUAUUCUAACUAA